AAUAAUAUUUUCAUCAAAUUCUCAGAACACAAUCUAGCUAGCCUGAUUCUGUGUGCCGAAACGAAGGACUGUAAACAUUACUUUAUAUUGUAUGAAUCGGAAUAAAGAAGUACCUUCUCCUUCCUUCUCAAACACGUUGAUGCAGGUGUUCUGGGAUUAUUCUUCUAUGCACCCUAGCUCUAAAGAAUGCCCUGAAUAUGUUUUACUGUGCUAUGUCUUAUUAAAACUAAAUCCAGCAUGGUAACACGUGGAGAAAGCAUGUUUUAAGUCAUUGAUACGGCCUUUGUAUGUUUAAGAUGAUUGAAAAGCUGCAGUUUCGCGUUAGUUUUCAUAGCAUUGUGGUUGUAUUUAUUUAUUUAUUUAUCUCCCACUAAAGUUAAUGUCAGUUUACCGCAACAAUCUGCACACGUUGUUUGUUAAAACGUGAUCAUUUCACUGAACGAAAACUUCCGCUCAAGUUCAGCCGAACCUGUCGACGCGUUAGGUGACGUCAUUGCACGCGCACUGGCGAUUGUGGAUCUCGUGAGCGUGUGAAGCCCGAGAGUCAUGUUUGAGUUUUGAGAAAAGCGAGUAUAGUCUGUUAUACCACAGAAGAGGCAAUAGGUGAUACAAUGAAGAGAACUUUUAAUGAACAUCCAACAAGGACAACGGCAGGCUGCCUUCCUGUACAGUUGUUCAAUCAGAAGAAACGAAACCGACUACCAUUGACAUCAAAUCCCAUUGAGAAAGAAUUUCAUUCUAGCAAUGAAUGUUCAUCGGCCCACGGUUUUGGAUCUUCAUAUAUGCCAUCAGGAUUUCUCCAGACACAUUCACCAAGCAAUCGAGUGGGUACCGCACCAGCCAGUCAGUGGGCCAGCCUGGGAUAUCAGAGAGUGAAGUCUAAUGCAAGCAGUUCAGGAGGAGGCUUUGCACCAAUGGCAUAUCCAGGCAGAGCUAGAAACACUGGAUCAAACAUGGGGCAGCAAUCUUUCAGUUCAGGAAAUUGGCAAGAAACCAAACAAAGAAGUUUUCCUUCAACUAGUGGGAACACUCAGAGCAGAGUCAACACAGCCAGCACUUACAGACAAGCUGACACCCAAGAAUCUUUUCACAGACAGCAAAACCAGUCAGAACCCGUUCACCAGUCACCAGAGUUGCAGUGGCCCAGAUCUUCCACAUCAAGCUCUUCAACCACUGGAGUUCAGCCGCAGAGCUCUUCCUGGAAAUUUAAAUCUACUCCUCAGAUCAACCAGUUUAAAGAAGACAAUCCUAACAAUAGCUUUGAUGUGCCUCAGCCAAAGAAACCACCAGUAUCCAAGGUGAAACCUGCAGAAGAAAAAUCUCUACGUCUUGUGACCACUGUAGUGGCAGGCAUGAAGCGCUGGAGCCAAUACAGUGAUCGCGCUCCUUUCCUGUUUGAGGUUUCUGCUACACUAGAUUCGGCUGUUACUACUGGAAGUCACGGUGCAAAGACAUUUCUUUUAAGAGAUGGAAUGGAUGCUGUACAAUGUGUUUUUUAUGAAACUGACCGUGAACUUCCAAGACUAAUCAGAGGCCAGGUUCACAGAUGUGUAGGGAACUAUGAUAAGAAGAGAAACCAGCUAAAAUGUGUCUCAGUCAGGCCAGCAACAACUUUGGAACAAAGAAACUUUCCUGAAUCGGUUAAAGCCUCGGACAUGGAGAUGAGACAGUAUAUAAAAAUGUUGAAUGAAGUUUAACAAAUGACUCUGUAUAACUGCUAUGAGGAUAUUGUCAUUUAAGUUGAACUGCAUGUUUUCUUCACCAAGUAAGACAGCAGUAAGCAGUGCUGUAAAGAAGCCGUACCCUGAGACAUUCCAGUUUCAAAAUGUGCAUUUUAGCUUUUUUUUUUUUGUUAAUAUAAAAUUGGUAUUAUUAGUUUAUGUAUUAAUAUAUUGUAAUGUGAGGUUGAGUUUUCACUAACACUGAUGCAAAUUCUAAAGCUACUGUUCUGUGACAUUACAUACAUAUUAUAUAUUGUGUUCUACUGUACAUGAACAGCACACAUGUUAAUAUUUCGGUCAGGGAGACGCAUUUAAUUUCCAAUCCAUUUUUUCCCACCCAAAAAGUGUGAAAAGGAAGUGUUUUGCAUGUAUAUGUUUUCCAAUAAUAAAAUACUUUUUUAGUUGUUCUAAAAUGUGCAUGUUCUACAAUA